AGAAAAAUUCACACACAUACAUCUCUUCUUUUCUGGCCGGAGCUCGAUCAGGUAAGAUCAUGAAAGGAGAUGAAGCCAUUACAUCUACAUGACUUUGCAGUUCUUGGUCGUCUCUGUCUGAUCUUUUACUUAGAAUUGCUCAAGGAUGAUGAAGGGAAGUGAUGAUCAUAGCUUUGAAGAUUCAAGGACAAGCCUGAAAAGUAGUGGAGAUGAAGAGGAGGUGGAAACAAAUUUCCGGCCAACAAGUGGAGAAGAGAGCUCUGGGAACAGCUCAGUUGAAGAAAAUGAAAAGAAGGAGGAAGCUUCUGGAUCUGUUAGGCAAUACAAUCGGUCCAAGAUGCCAAGACUUCGGUGGACUCCCGAUCUCCAUCUUUGCUUUGUUCACGCAGUUGAAAGAUUAGGAGGACAAGAAAGAGCUACUCCUAAACUAGUUCUUCAAUUGAUGAACAUCAAAGGUCUUAGCAUCGCACAUGUGAAGAGCCAUCUACAGAUGUAUAGGAGCAAGAAAUCCGAUGAACCCAAUCAAGGCUGUGGUCGAGAUCAACAGAUAUACAACCUUAGCCAAUUUCCCAUGAUGCAAAGUUUCAAUCAAAGGCCUUGUACUAGUUUCACCAGAAGGAAUGCUGAUCAUCAAUCUUUUUCUUGGAGCGGCGGGCUGCAGCACACACCGGGAAAAGGAUUUUACAACUCAGUUUCUGAAAGAAUAAUGGGAAGCUACAACUGCAACUAUGGUGAUUCACAAAUGGCUAGUUCAUCAUUGAAUGCGGAAGCUUCUCUUCAAGACCCCCAAGAAUUCUUCCAAGGGUUCUGGCAAACGCAUACGGAUCAUCUAAGAUCUUGUUCCGGGGAGCAAAGAAUUGGAGGUGGGGCACAAGAGAUGCUGAAGAGGAAGACACUGGAUUCAGACAUUGACUUGGAUUUGAAGUUAUCUCCAAAAACAGCACACGACGUUAAAUUUAAAAAAUGUUCGGAAAUGGAAGGUGGUGGUGAUAUAGAAGAAAAAGUAGAGUGUAGUUUGUCUCUUUCUCUGUCUUCUUCAUCAUCAUUUUCCCAAAAGCUUAGCAGAUUGAAGCAAAAAGGAGAUGGUGAUUGUAGUAGAAAACAUGCAAGGACGAUAUCAAGUACCCUAGAUCUCACUUUAUGAAUGAGACAGUUCUAAGUGAGAUAUUGAGGUUCUUAAUUGUCCAAAAUAAUUUAUCAUUGUACCAGCAGAAAAAGGUAAGGUAAAGCAAUGGAGUACUUUCUUCUUCAAUCCAAUUUGUUGUAUUCUUUGUUACUGUCUGAAUAUGAUAUUGUAAAUAAAUAUAUGUAUAGCAA